GCGUCCUGGGGUCUGGUGGUGGGUGCUGCUGGUGAAGCGGCCGGCAUGGAGGCGUCGCACUACGGACUCGGACCCCGCGGGGACAGUGCCUUUGAAGAUGAGACCAUGAAGCUUCGGCAACUGAAACUGGACAAUCAGAGAGCAYUGCUGGAAAAGAAGCAGAGAAAGAAGCGCCUGGAGCCACUCAUGGUGCAGCCAAACCCAGAGGCCCGUCUACGUCGGUUAAAGCCAAGAUGUGGUGAGGAGCACACGCCUCUGGUGGAGCCACAGACUCCGCACAGUGAUGUCAUCCUACAUGGCAUUGAUGGUCCAGCUGCCUUCCUGAAGCCAGAUGCUCACGAUUUGGAAACCAAACUUCAUGUUCUCUCAGUAGGUUCUUCUGCUACAGAAGAAGAUAUUGAAGGUAGUGUUGAUGGGGAAAGCACUCUGGAUACUGCUUCCAAGCCAGACCUUGAGGAGAUUCUCCAAAAACAUGGUAUCUCAAGCAGUUUGAACUUUGAUGAGGAGGAUACUGAUGGUGAGGAAGAAGAAGGGAAAAAACGAAGUUCACAGUCACCAUAUUCAGAAACAGAGAGACCCAGUUCUGCAUCCAGCCAGAAAUCGACCACAGAUCCAGGAGCUUCCAGUGCUGUGUCCCAGCAGGUUGACAACCAGCUGGGAGAAGUGGAGAAUUUGGAGGAUUUUGCCUAUAGUCCCGCCCCUCGAGGUGUCACAAUGAAGUGUCGGAUAACCAGGGAUAAAAAAGGAAUGGAUCGGGGUCUCUUUCCCACUUACUUUAUGCACCUGGAAAAAGAUGAGAAUCGGAAGAUAUUUCUUCUUGCAGGUAGAAAGCGGAAGAAGAGCAAAACAUCCAACUACCUGAUUUCCACUGAUGCAACAGAUUUAUCUCGUGAAGGGGAAAGUUACAUUGGCAAACUCAGAUCCAACCUCAUGGGGACCAAGUUCACAGUGUAUGACCAUGGAGUCAGCCCAGUCAGGGCCCAGGGUCUGGUUGAAAAGGCGCACACGCGGCAGGAGCUGGCCGCCAUCUGCUACGAAACAAAUGUGCUUGGAUUUAAAGGCCCUAGGAAAAUGUCUGUGAUUAUUCCAGGGAUGAAUAUGAAUCAUGAGCGAAUCCCGUUUCGGCCACGAAAUGAUCAUGAGAGUUUGCUUUCAAAAUGGCAAAACAAAACCAUGGAGAACUUGAUUGAACUGCACAAUAAGGCCCCAGUCUGGAAUGACGACACUCAGUCCUAUGUGCUGAACUUUCACGGCCGGGUCACUCAGGCAUCUGUGAAGAACUUCCAGAUAGUUCAUGAAAAUGACCCUGACUACAUAGUCAUGCAGUUUGGACGUGUGGCAGAUGAUGUGUUCACGCUGGACUACAACUACCCGCUGUGUGCACUUCAGGCCUUCGCUAUUGGGCUUUCUAGCUUUGACAGCAAGCUAGCUUGCGAGUAAAAAAAGCAAUCAGAGCUGAGCUCGCUUGCUACAGAGCUUUCAGGAGCAGGAAAUCGCCACCUUGACCUUGCAGAACAUGAAGAGCAAGAGUAUGACUCUUUUGGAAUGAUCCCUGUGUGUGUGUGUGUACAUACAGUACAUACAUGUGUUUAUGCAUGACUGUGUGUACACACACACACACACACACACACACACACACACACACACCCUUCUCUGAGCUCCAGAGACUUGGUCAGGGAUCACAGCUUAGCUUAGCUUGGGUGAGAGAGGGUUUAAAGCACAGACAGGUUCUUGUCAGGAGUUCAUUAGUGGCUCCUGAAGUUAUCACCCAACAGAUUCUGUGCCUCAAGAGUGAGAUUCUUAUGCUUGGAGAUUUGCAGCAGAAUCAGAUUCUAACGAUUAAAUACUUGGGUCUCUUUUUUAGAAGGCCUUUUCAGAGAGUGAUGGUUCCCUAAAUUGCCUUUAGUCUCCAGAGCAAAAGCCUACAAACUUUGUCUUCAAAUGGCCUAAUAAUCUCUCUCACAGCUACUCAAAUCUGCCUUUGCAGUGCAAAAGUAGCCGUAGAUAUUUCAUGCACAAACAAAUGUGGCUGUGUUCCAAUAAAACUUUAUUUACAAAAACACACAGCAGGCCAGAUUUGGCCUGUGGGCUCCAGUUUGCCAACUCCUGCUUCAGGUAUAUCCAUAUGCUCUGUGGGCUUGAACAACUUCCAGAAGGGGCCUGUGAUCAUGGAAUUGUGAGUGGAAAAUGACACCCAGGAGCAACAGUUUUACGGAUUGUACCUUAAGGGGUACUCGUGCUACAGCCAUUGUUAGGUAGCUUUUACCUUGUUUUUGUGACAGUGGUUCUAGAUUGUCAUCUACCAUAGGGACCAAGAAAACCCAAAGCUAGUGAUCAUUUUGAGCCCACACAGGUGACUGAAUUCUGCUCUCUCAUCAUAAGAGAAGGUAGAGCCUGCACUGUAUUCCCCUGGAAGAAGACCUUAUGUGCCCCAGGAAACCAGCUUAGAAGUGUUUUCUUUAUCAGAGGGAAUGUAGUAUUUGUUUCUUGGGACCAGCUUCUUUUUCCAUGGAAUGGGAAGGUUCUAACAUCACAGUCCCCUUGUUUUCUUCCCUCAGGGUAGGUGGGUAGGCAGCAGUCUCAGUGGCUGUGACAAGAUUUGUGAUCAACGAUGUGAAAAUUUUCUUUAAUUGUCGUUGUUUCAGUUUAGGCUGAAAGCACACACUCUAGAGGGGACUUAGCUCUAGUGAAGACCAAGAGUCCUUUGAUAGUUGCCUUCCUUCUCAACCCACUGUGCCUCCCACAGCUAUGACACCAUGGUGCCACUAGUGUGGAAGGCCACACACACCUGCACACAUUGCAAGAAAUAAGGGAACGUUGUGUGCAGGAACUAUAUCAGUGUUAUUGUCAAGAGAGGUGGCAGAAGAGAUUUGGUGAAUACCGCUAGUUGCCUCUUGAGCUCUGCACACCUUUCUGGGAAGAGCUUUGGGCCCUUCUUGAUGUCCAUGUUACUAGCCCCCUAAGCCUGGUCCAUCAGUGCAGAUGCUGCUCCUGUCACUUUUCCUCUCAGAUCCUAAGAUUUCUACUGAGUCUUUCAGAUAUGAGCUCCUCCCAGCAAAUUAUGACUCUUACACAAAUUCAUGGGCACCACAGUGGUAUCUGAAC